AUAGCCAUGGCCUGGAACCGUAAUUAAUGAUAACAAGCAAGGGCAAUUCUGUCCAAAAAAACAUAUAUAAACAACCCAUAUCCCUUCCAUAUUUCAGAGCCUCCAGCCCAAGUGAGUGAUAAGACUCCGAUAACGUUAGGGAGGGAUGGGAAAGCUCUUCUUCUUAGCGACGAUCACUCUCGCCGCCGUAACUUGGGCAGUAGGCGGCUGCCCGCCUUCGGACAGGGCGGCGCUACUAUCCCUUAAGGCCUCACUGUCGGAACCUUACUUGGGCAUGUUCGACUCCUGGACCGGCACCGACUGCUGCAAAAACUGGUACGGCGUCAGCUGCGACCCCACCACCGGCAGGGUCGCCGACCUUAACCUCCGCGGCGAGUCCGAAGACCCCCUCAUUUCCCGAGCCGGAAGGUCUGGCUUCAUGACCGGCUCGCUUUCUCCCGACAUUUGCCGCCUCGACCGCCUCCAAACCCUCGUCGUCGCCGACUGGAAGGGAAUAUCCGGCCCGAUCCCUCCUUGCAUUACCUCCCUCUCCUACCUCCGAAUCCUCGACCUCAUUGGCAACAAGAUUUCCGGCCAGAUUCCCGCCGACAUCGGCAACCUGCGGCGCCUCGUUGUCCUCAACGUCGCCGACAACGAAAUCUCCGGCGCAAUUCCGGGGUCUAUCGUUAACCUUGCCUGGCUAAUGCACCUUGACAUGAGAAACAACCGGAUCGCCGGCACCAUCCCCGGGGACUUCGGCAAACUCGGUAUGCUCAGCCGAGCGCUGCUGAGUCGGAACCAAAUCGGCGGCUCGAUUCCCGAGUCAAUCUCCAAAAUGUACCGACUCGCCGAUCUGGAUCUAUCCAUGAACCGGAUAUCGGGUUCAAUCCCGGCUGGACUCGGGAAAAUGCCGGUUCUCUCGACACUCAAUCUAGACAGCAACCAAAUCUCCGGUUCCAUUCCGGACAGCGUCAUCAGCUCGGGGCUUAACAUAGUAAACCUCAGCCGAAACUCCAUCCAAGGUAACGUGCCGGAUGUUUUCGGACCGAAAUCGUACUUUACGGCACUCGAUUUGUCGUACAAUAAUUUGAAAGGUCCGGCACCGAAAUCCGUAGCGUCGGCGAAAUAUAUCGGCCACCUGGACUUGAGUCACAACCACCUCUGUGGUUCGAUUCCAAGUGGGCCGCCGUAUGAUCGCCUGGAAGCGUCGUCAUUUUCAAACAACGAUUGUCUGUGCGGCUGGCCGCUGAAAAGUUGUUAGUGUCUCGGCCGGCCGAGCGUUGUUGUGCUUCGCUUCUCCGAAAUAUCGGUUGUUACUUACUGUGUUUGUUGUGACUGGUAACUGUAAAACUCAUGUGUAUGUUUGUUGAUUUUAAAUUUUAAAUAUGAUUUUUUAGGUUAUGUUUUGAGUGGGAGCCGACAAACGGACAGACAGGAAGUUGCAAUGCACGUGAUAUAUAUAUGGUUCA